GGCGUCUUUAAGAUUUAAAAAUGCCCUUCAAUUCGGUGGUGACCAUAGAGAAACCCCUGCAGCAUCUGUCGCUGACCGAUUGGAAUGCACGCGUGGAUCGUCUGCGAAGUGUGGCCAAUGCCCGCCACUCGGAUACCUUCGACAUGAGGAACUCAUCCCGUCAGCUGCGCAACGAGGUGCGCAUCGAGGGCAACUGGGCCACCUAUGAGUCAAAUGAGGCACUGGAUGGUCGCAUAGUCGAGCUGAAUAGCUGGCGUGAGAUCAUCUCCAAGACGCUUGAGCGCUUCGAGAAUGAGAUUACAUUGCUGCAGGAUGAGAAGACGCUGACGGAGCGGGAGCUGGAUGCGCUCGCAGGACCCAUUGCGGUGAUUAGCGAAAUGCUCACAAUGCGAGACAGUCGCCUCGGUUCCGAGAUCACAUACGAUGACCCAGACAAAGAGAUCAAGAAUGAGCUGGCCAUAUUGGAGAAUAAUCAGCAAUUAUUGGCUGAACGCUGCCAGAAGGCGUGGGAGAAACUGACACGUCUCGAGGAGGUGCGCAACAAGAUUGUCACUGAGAUCGAGAACAAAGUGGACGCAGUGCAUGUGGAGAUGGCACAGCGUGCACUGGAUCGCGAUUCAACGAAAAUAUCUCUCAAGCUGGGUCCACGGCGGGCUCCCAUAGACUCGUACGAGGAGUGGCUGGCGAAGACGAAGAAUCUGAAACAGCUGGCGGAGAACGAGUUGGCCGACACGGCUGCGCUCCGCGAAUCGUUAUUCGUGUGCCGCGAGAAAGCCCGGAGCAUGCUUAAAGCACAGCAGGAGCGUACCGAAUACUCAAUAAGAAAGCGCAUCUUUGAGACGCAGCGGGCGCACAACGAACUCGAGUGGCUAUCGGACAAGUUGCAGACUGAAAUUGAGAAUGCUGAGCACGAGAUCAGGACGCUCGAGAAAACAUUAGAUGGCACUGUGGGCUCACUGAAGUUAGCGGAGACACGACUGGAGAACCGGUUUGAGCGAUGCAGCGCUGAGCAAUGCCUGGAUUAUGUACACGACAUGCUCAGCCACGAGGUGGACAAGAUAUGCGACAUACGUCGCUGUCUGCAGGCCAAGAUCGCUGACGCCAAGGCCAAUUUCAAUCUCAUAACGGAGCAUGUGGCACGGAUCCGUGUGGAUCUGGAAAAGAAACACCACGCCCUAAUGACGGACAAGCGAACGCUGGAAUUGCGACAGCGCUUAAAGGACGACGAGACUGGAGUUAAGGUCUGCAAUCCAUGCGCUCAGACCGAUCGCAAUAUUGUAAUUACAAAUGCGGAGUAUCUAAUUCCAAAGACGUAAGAAUAUAAUGUGCUCAUCUGGAUCAUAUUCGUGGGAACAGACGUAUAUAUGUACAUAUAUAUAUAUGGCAUUAGUCAUUUGAGGUUGGGAAUCAAUGGAGUUAUCUAAACGAAAGUAACUAUCAUUAUAUCAUCUAUAAUUCCAAGUCAAUAAAAUGCUAAUUGAAAGCCUACAAAUAACA